AUGGGAGUUAUACCUGAAUCGAUAUGCAAUGCGAGUUACCUAGUAGUUCUUGAUCUGUCCAACAACAUGUUAAAUGGCAGAAUGCCACCGUGUAUGCUUGUACUGGGUACUCUUUGGGUCAAUCUUCGGAGGAACAAUUUCAGCGGGUCAAUUCCUGAUGCAUUUCCUGUCACUUGUAAUUUGCAGACCUUGGAUCUUAAUGGAAACUUACUAACCGAGAGCAUUGGUGAUUGGCCAGUGAUCCAAAUUGUGAGCGUAGCUUCUAACAACUUUAGUGGUGAACUACCAGGAAAAUGCUUAACAAAAUGGCAUGAAAUGAUGGAUGUUGAAUCACCAUUUGGUAACACAAGUUUUGAGUUGGAUGCACAAUCUCCGACAGGAGCAGGGUUUAGUUAUGAAGAUGCAGUGACAAUUAUCAACAAAGGUCUAGAGAUGGAGUUGGCAAAGAUACCCAAGGGAUUCACCUCCAUUGACUUCUCAAGCAACAACUUCCAUGGUAAAAUACCAAAGGAACUGGGACUGCUUAGAGCUCUCAUAGUACUUAAUUUGUCCAAUAAUGCUGUUAGCGGUCACAUCCCAUCAUCUUUUGGCAACUUGCAGCAACUUGAGUCAUUAGACCUCUCAAGGAACCACUUGAAUGGGGAAAUUCCAGUGUCACUUUCAAACUUGAACUUUCUUCAGUACUCGACCUAUCAUAAAAUAAACUUUUUGGGAGGAUCCCCAAGGCCCGAAAUGCCACAUGAAGCUAGACAUUCAAACUGUGGCAGUAGGAUUAAGUGGGAUCUGAUAGCUACUGAAGUUGGAUUUGUUGUUGGGUUUGGAAGUGUGAUAGGACCACUUGUGUUUUCCAGAAGAUGGAGGAAACGCUAUUUUGAUUGUGCCGAGGACAUAGCGUUUAGUGUCUUACCUCAACCAGUUCUGAAAAAAUGGCUGUCAUGGAAGAUGGGGAGCUCGAAAAUAAAGAGGCAGAGGAAUGGGUGUUGGUAG